AUGUGCAGAAGAUCUAGGAGCUACUGUAGGCCGUCCUUGGUCAGAGACAGAAACACCAGAUCGUGGAGACGACUCCGCAGGCUGGUCCAGGAGGAGAAUGAGGCUGAGUACCAGAGGGCCCUGGUCAGCAUCAAGGAGUCUGUGCGUGCCGUGGACGGCCCUGACCUACGGGAAACACUGCAGGAGCAGAUCAGACAGUGGUUUAUCGAGUGCCGAGAUGCCACUGGAAAGUUUCCUGACUUCCCCAAUGCUGAGGAUGGUGGAUCAACAGCCAUAUUUUCACAGAAGACACCUGACCAGGUCGCUGCAGAGUUAGCAGCGAAAGAGGAAGAGAAGGAGGAGAAGAGGAAAGACAACAUAAAUAAAGAUAAGAAGGGUGGGAAGGACCGCAAGGAUCAGAAGAAAGACAAGAAGCGGAGAAGCAAACAGAAGAAAGGAGGAAAAGAAGAAGGAGAGGCCCAAUCCCACUGGACGUGCACAAUUAAGACCAUAAAAUACACCUCCGCUACUAAAUCAGAAGCUAAGCGGUAG